GCUUGUCGUAUUAACUUCUAACUUCUAAGAGACAUGGAUAGUGCUCCUGAGUCCUGUCCGCUGGUUUUGCCAAAUUUCUAUCAGUGUAAACUCUCAGUCAUGGAGGAGGUUCUUCCGGGAGGACCAUCAUUUCUUCAGAAUACUCAAACGAUCUUGAAUAAGCUGCAGUUGCUGGUGGACGAGGGUGUUUUUCUUCGGGGAGGAGGAUCAUUUCGACAAGUUGAAGGGGGAAUUAGAAGAAGUGAAUAAGUAUUUUCUGGCUGCAUGGAAAUUGGAGAUUUCUUUUAAAAGUCUUGUAGAUUUUGUUUGUGACAAUAGGGAGCGGAUUUACUCUUCUUCUGAAUUAGAUCAGGCAUCGUCCAGCUUCGACUCAAUUGCAGCAGCCUCCAUUUUUGGAGAUUUUUUGAAGAAUUUUAGGCAACAGACCCGACUUCUUGACGAUUCUGUUCAUCAAGGUUGGCAGGGUUUUUAUUCUCUUCUUCUUAAGGAUGGAUUGCCCUCCACUGUAGCAGAUCGAGAAAGUACAGUGAAUUUUGGGCAACAAAUCAGAGAUUUUUACAAACGGAUGUGGGAUUCCAUGGUGCUACUCUUUUCGGAAUCCAGAACGAGAUAUUUGCAGCAGCGCUGGGAUAAUGACUGGACGGGUGGAUGGGAAGAGAUGUCUUAUUGGAAAAGUGAUGUCAUUGAUCUUUUCACAUCCUUCCAACAGAAUGUUGAGGACAUUCUCUGCCUUGGUAGACGCUGUGAUUCAAGAUUUGCAGAAGUCUUGAAACCUGCUCUUAUUUACUCAACAUUACCGCAAGGGCAUCCUAUCAAGCGAUUUCCAUUUGUGAAACAUUUCAGUUCGGGCUGGGUGAAUCGCCUCAAAUUUAUCAAGCGAUUUCCAUUUGUGAAACAUUUCAGUUCGGGGUGGGUGAAUCGGGGGAAUCUCAGUUAUGACUGGGUGAAUCGCCUUGAAUAUAUCGAGCGAUUUCCAUUUGCGGCUCUAUUCGCAGCUCGUCUUUGUUGUUGGUUUUUAAGAGAUGGAAUUCACUUGAAUACCUCUGAAUCGGUGGAGCAGAUCAACCCUUCUGCUGACCAAGCUUCUUUGACUUAUACUGGUGUCUGGGAAUCUGAAUCGCUGUCACUCACUCUGUCUAGCGAGGCAAUGACUUGCAUUGAUUCGAUCAUAGAUUUCUGCAAGGAUGAUCAUGAUCUGAAGGAGCUGAAGGUAGAGUUGAGCCUAGUGAAGAUAUUUUUCCUGUGUGCAAGGAAAUUGUGUUUUUACUCAGAGAGAACUGAAAUUCUUGAAGAUUCUGUUUGUCAAAAUUGGCAGCAGUUUUGCUCUUUUCUUGCUCAAUUGGAGCAUGGAUUGCCCCCCAGCGAAUUGGCUGGGGCGAUCUCCAAUUUAAGAAGAAUCUUAAAGAGUUAUAGGCAAAAAUUCAGUGAAUUGUAUGUUGAGAUGCCGGACUUUUUAUUCAAAAGGUACGGCUAUUGCAGCGAGGGUCGUAAUCCGUAUGUAGAUAGCCUUUUAAAAUCCAAUUCUGCCUUGAGAGAUGAAUUCAUGGAACUCUUCAAUUUUCUCUUAAAAAACCUUGAGGAUAUUGUCAUCUGGGGCGAAGCUUGUGAUUCAAGACUUGCAAAAUUGUUGGAACCGCUUCAAGAGAAGCUAGUGUUCCUUAGAACUUUCAUUCUCUUUGCCAGUUUGCAAGGCAAGCCCAAGAGGAAACUCUUGGAGCAGUGUGCAGUUGUGGCUUUAUCUGCAGCACAUCUUUGUUACAUUUGCUGGUUUUUCAGAUAUGACUAUCAAGAGCUCAACUGGAUGGACUCAAAGAUUUCUGAAUUAACAGACAAGAUCAUGCGUGUUGAUCACCGAGCCCAUCUCGCAUAUAUUUGCGUCCUUGAAUCUGGAACAACUUCCCCCACUCUGUCUGCCAAGAAGGAUGUGAUUAUAGUGGCUGAAUUUGUUGAUUCUCUCCUAGGUCAUCUUGGGGAGUUACUACUAAAUUGUCCUGCCUAUUUUGUGGUAUCUUUGAAGCAUCAAUUGCGGAUGCUUUUUGAGGGACUGCGAUUUUUGAGAAACAUUCUCAAUAAGGAGAAGUACGAUGGGAUAGAGGGAAAAAUCAAGGAUCUUAUUGGAGCUGUGGUCAAUGACGCUGGGAUUGUAAUUUUUUCACUUUAUCAGAAUGACCUUCAAAAGCUUCAGCUGAGGAAAUAGAUGUUAAGCUCUUUUGUU